AUGUUUCGCCAGCAGGAUCCGAACGAUCUGCAAUAUGUUCGGCGAAUAACGACUCCACACUCCAAGGAGAUAAAGUACGUCAAAGCUGAGCCAAAUGAGGAAUUUCAUCGAUUCUUGGCGGAGCUGCAGCCCAACGACAUUCACACAAUCGAUUUCGAAGAGCAUCUUAAUGUUUACUCGAAAGGGGAAGCGGUGGGCACGGUCGGGAUCAGCGUCGACCUGCGGGUGGAAGACAACAUCAUCCAAAUCGAGGCGGAGACGAACAUUGAGGCAGCGGGGAUGGAAAGCCGCCAGCAACUGCUUUGUAAUUUGACGGCGAAGCUGGAGCUGCGUUACGAAAAACGCAUCGAAGAAACCCUCCAGUUCGAGAAAACGACAGAGAUCAACUACUUGACGGGGAAGGGAUACAAGGUCACUCAGACGACGUAUUUCUUCGACAGCGAAACUGAGCAGAAGUCGGAAAUGUUCGUCAACGUCGAGAAGUGGCAGCACAUCUUGUCCGAGGGCGCCUGCGUCGUUUUACAGAGACUGUUGCCGAAAGUCGGCGUUUAUGAAAUCGAGCUGCCGUAUUUAGAUGUGGAUGCAAAACUCAUCUCGUUAUCGUCCCUGUCAUCGUUGGGCCACGGAAAGCAGAAGAUCAACGAAAAGGAAGUCGAGGUUGUCGGCAUCCGAAGAUCGACACAAACCGCUUAUGGAAAGAAUUCUUAUAGAUUGUGGCUCUUCGAGGACGGGCACAUUUGCGUGCGAGAGACGGACCAGGGAGAGCUCCAGGCGAAGGUAUCCGAAGUGCCAACGCUGGUGCAGGAUAAGGAGGACAAGGUGCCGGAGUUUCCGGAGAAGCGAAUCUUCUGGAGAGACGAUAUCAUGCUCAGAUCAGAGUACAGACAAAAAGCAGCGGCGAUCCUUCGGCAGAACCAGCAAUACCUGACGGAGAAUCCGCAAAUCGUCAGUGUCGUGCGCGACUUCUACACCGCAGUCAUCACCGAAAAGCCAGAAGACAUUUAUGCCUUCGCGCGCGAGCACUUUUCCGCCUUCCAAGAACAGUAG